UGUAGCCUAAUCCUGGAUUUGGGAGCAGAAUGAAAAGACAAACACAAGUAAUAACAGCGCUGGCAUGGGAUUGGUAGGUGGCGGAGAACAGCUUGAUAGGGAAUAGGGGCCUUGUGGGUCCGGAGAGGGGUGGUCAGUUGUAGGUGGGUGGGAUAUAAAUACCUGCAGAAGACAAGGGUGGCGAAAUGCUGAGGCAGACACAGGCUCACCUUCAUGUGUAAUAGAAAACAGACAGGAGGGCGCAAUAUGUAGAGGCCGUGAUGAGAGACAUCUUUUUUUGAAUGCCAGCAACUUCAACCCGGAGCACAUAACUAUUCAUCAUUCGAGAGUCUUAGUCUGAGGGUAGAGCUGCGCCAAAAACCGUGAACCGUUCUGGCUGAGGCGCUGACAUCCAUUUUUUCUUUGAAGAAGGAGAAAAAAAAAAGCAGUAACCGAUCGCAGGCCUCGCUCUGCAUAUGGUCCCGAGCGACUUAAAAGAGCAACAUGCUCGACUGAGCCGGGGAGAAAGGCGACGACGGUAAAGGUGAGAGAAGAUACGAAGGCAGAGGGAAAAGGGCAAUGUGGGAAAACACAUACAAGAAGUAACCAGAGUAGAAGAAGAAUGAGUAGAGUCACAAUGGGAGGCAAGUAAAACACGGGAGGACAGCGAAUCACUGGGAGGGACCACUUCUAAGGCGACGUUAGCGCUCGGACCGGAGGCCGGAGACGAUGGCGUGCCAGGCGUUCAGCGCCGACACCUUCACCUCCCUGACCGGAGACCCGGCGCUGCCCAUCCUCAUGCACCACGGCCCCGGCAGCGACUGCCUGCCCGCCUCCUCCCACGCCCACGGCAUGGUGUCUGCAGUGUCAUCCGGGCUGUCCCUGGGUCAGACCUCCAAGCGUUCCCACAUGCACCUCGCCACCUCCUCCCUCGGCAACGCUCUCGGCAACAGCCCCCCGAACCUGCACUACCCCGUCACCCCCUGCCAUUACAGCAACCAGCAGGCCACCUACGGCAUGAUGGCAGCCCAGGAGAUGCUCUCUGCCAGUAUCUCUCAGACUCGUAUCCUGCAGACCUGUGGCGUCCCUCACCCCAACAUGGUGAGCGGCGCCAAUUCAUUGCAAGGCUCUCUCGCCCCUUGCUUGUACAAGUUCCCGGAUCACGGUCUAAGCAGCGGCUCCUGCGCGUUGAGCCACGGGUUCUCCACGCUGCCCUCGGCCCUCCUCUCCACCGACGAGGUCCCCGCGGGCCCGGGUGUCGGCGAGCCCAAGGCCGACGCCCAGAGGAAGAGCGUGCGGGACCCUGAGGACGCCCCCUCCAUGGACUCGCCGCAGAUCCGGGAGCUGGAGAUGUUCGCCAACGACUUCAAGAUACGGAGGAUCAAACUCGGUGAGCGCGGCUCCGUUUGGGAUGGCGUCAAAGGAACGUCAAUGCUCUUUAAUGAAGCGUUCCCAUUUCCCGCUUGGCUGCGACCCGCAGGUUACACCCAGACGAACGUAGGCGAGGCCCUCGCUGCAGUGCACGGCUCAGAGUUCAGCCAGACCACGAUCUGCCGCUUCGAAAACCUGCAGCUGAGCUUUAAGAACGCCUGCAAACUCAAGGCCAUCCUGGCUAAGUGGCUGGACGAGGCCGAGCUGGCAGGCGCCUUGUACAGUGACAAAAUAGGAAUGAAUGAGCGAAAGAGGAAAAGAAGAACAACUAUCAGCCUGGGAGCUAAAGAGGCCCUGGAGCGCAGCUUCGUGGAGAAGAGCAAGCCGUCGUCCCAGGAAAUCGCCCGGAUAGCCAAGGGCCUUCACCUGGAGAAGGAGGUGGUCAGAGUGUGGUUCUGCAACAGGCGUCAAAGGGAGAAACGGGUCAAAACCAGCCUCAACCUCAGCUCCUGCCUGAGCAAACUGAGCCCCAACUGCAUGGCACAGAUGAGUAAAACCCAGAGGGCAAUGACGUAAGUUAAGAUUGUGAAUGGGUCCAAUGAUGGAGCUUUUGUGACCACAGCUAAAAGUAAGGAUCUAAGGUCUAUCAGGAAUAAUUUGCACACGUAUUCCUCAGUGCCGGUUCUGUAUUUUUAAAUACGUUUCAAACAGUAUUUCAUCUCCACGUGUCAUAGAGGCAUUCUCAUUUUAAAGUAACUUAAGUGUCAAAGUCAAGGAGGAAUUCAGCAAACAGCAAACGAGUGCAGCUCUGUGCCUUUCUACCAACCAUGGUGUCAUUAACUGUCUGUGUCAGUGUUGUAUUUAUAUAUGUUAAUGUGUUUGUGACCACAGUUGGAGUCUCCCUUUCAAAGCCUGUAACUAUAAUUUAUAAUUUAACUGUAGUCAAAACAGUAAUAUAUUUAAGUAUUAAGUCUUUUACACGACCUAUUUAUUUUUAAUGCAAUACUUUAUGUUGAUCUACUUACUGUGUCUUUGAUCUAUGCUCGCCGUCAGGGAUGUGUGAAACUUUUUGACACACUUGGUGAACAGACAAAUGCGACUUCUGCCGUUUUCCCUGUUGGAAGAUCGAUUUCAUUUGUCAAACUGAUGCUAUGCUUCUGUUGAUGCUGCCUUAACAACGUGUCAUGAAAAGAAGAACAUCGGCCACUCCCAACGCUGACCUGCUUGGGAUGACGGAUGGGAAACACUGGGCCUCGUUCACUGAUGAGAGAAAUUGUGUAAUAUAAUGCAGGAACAGACAAUUAACAGUUACAAAUAAAUAGGUUUAAAAUAAUAAAGAAAGAAAUGGAGGCUAACAACAAAUGUUGCCCUUGUUUAAAGAUUAACUUGGUUUCUAGCCACAGAAAUGUAAACCAUCCCAUCUCUAUCUUGCAAACAAUAAACUGCAUUUUAUGAAGA